AUGUUAAUUCCGCCGCGUCUCGACGCAGUGCAACCAGGGACAGCCGUGCAGCAACUGCGCGAGACGCUUUCCACAGCCGCUGUGCGAGUACAAGCAGACGAGAAGCAGGUUCAUCCAAGCGCCGUCGUUGUGUCGCAACGACCUGCUUUUGCCGUCUCCCUGUCCCCGCCGCCAGCCCAUCGUCUUGCGAGAAGCCGAGGUUUUGAGUCCCUAGCAGCCCUGCGACAACAACAACAGCAACAACUUCCGGCGCCGCGACACUUGCCACUACUGUCGCCCCCCUGGGGCGAGAGCCAGCAGCGCGGAAGCCAGGAUGCUGCUGACGCAAUGCUCUCGAACUGGCCCGGAUUCGACGUCUUUGGGCGGGAUCCGGCUCCGACGUCGACGUCUUCGGCCGAACAACAACAGUAUUCAUGGACCACGGACCAGCAGAGCCUUUCCAUGUGCUUCAUCGCCUGCGAGGACGGCUGCACGGCACACUCUGACGAGGUGCACGACGCCAUCCGGUCCUUGAAUGCCUAUCAUGUGGGCUCGCAUCAGAACCACUGGGCCGGCGGCAGCAACACCUGGGCGACACAGGGGUACAGUGCCUGGACUCUGGUGCCGGACGUGGCUCCGGCUGCUGUUGUGGCCAACAACAUGAACAUGCCCUGGUUGGUUGCGGACCCAACCCAGGACCUUGUCCAGGUCCCCGUUACGCGGCCCAUGACAGACGCCGAGCUCUUGUCUGUUUGGGUGAAGUUUGUGUCCCAGUUCACGGCCUCGCUGGACGGCAACCCAGACGCUUCGAAUCCCUAUAUCAAGUACUACGUCCCAUACUGCGUCAACUCGCAGCUGCUGGCGCACGUGGCCAUCUAUUCGACGGCCUGCUUCCUCAGCGACACAGCCCACGUCGAGAGAACGGCCGCCAUGGCGCACAAGGGGCAUGUCAUCAAGCUCCUGAACGAACACAUCCGGUCGCAGCUCUCGGCGAGCGACGAAGUAAUAGCCGGGGUCGUCCAACUUGUUGUGGCCGAGUGGCUCUGGGGGAACACGGAUGAUCUCCAGGCGCAUCUGUGUGGCCUUAGAGACAUGAUCAAAUGCCGUGGAGGGAUCCGCACGCUUGGCCUGCACGGCCUGAUCAGCAAGCUUGCCAUAUCGGCUGAUAUUGCCAUUGCCCUCUCCUUCGAGGUAUCGCCGUUUCUGCGAGACGGUCCUGAAUUCGAGUUUGAGGAUCACUCCCAAGUUCCAUUGCGCCUUGCGCUCAACACCCCCUUGAUCUCCAACCUCGUACGCUUCUCCCUGUGCGUUCACGCGCUCCGCAUCCAUCCUGCCGUCGCCUCGAUCCUUGACGACAUGCGCUUUCUUCUCUGCCUCAUCCUUGCGCUGCCGGAGAAGCCAUCUGCGAAGGAGCUCCAAAAGGUACACACCACGUCGGCAUGGAUCCACGAUAGGACUUUGAGUCUGCCGGCAGACUCGCCCGCCGGCCGAGGGCCCUCGACAGCCAGCUACACGCCAACAAGCAGGGGUUCAUCAGCGGUGCCAGAAACCCUUGAUUUGGACGAGAAACAGGCCCGGCCAGGCCGUGGUGACCCCCGCCUGGGAUCCCAGCAAUCCCGCCGGGCGUCCUCGGGACAGAUUCCUCCCGUAACCCAAGUCCAACGACAACGGCCCCAGGUACCACAAUCACAAUCAUCCCCGCAUCCACCCCCUCCCCUUCCAAGUCUCCUCCCCAACCCCACCAUCACAGCCACCACUACCGCCUCCGCCUCCCAACCCGGCACCACCACCACCAACAACAACGACCUACCCGACAACACAGCCGACACAGAAGCAGAACAAGAAGGAGCAGAUUACGUCUACCAAACUGUCCGCCUUGCCGCCCUCCUCUACUGCCGCGCCAUCAAGCUCCGCCAACCUUUCUCUCUCAUCACCACCCCGGCCGAGUUCCUGUCCCUCUGGACCACCGCCUGGCGUGUGCCGCUGUCCAAGUGGCGCUGUCUGUUGGGUGUGUUCAAUUUUGUUCUCUUGCCGCUCGUGUCCUACGGCAUGAUGGGCGGCGGCGGCGGCAGGCGCAGAACUGGAGCUGGAAGUGAAAGUGGAACUGGAACUGGAAUUGGCACUGUUGGGGGACGGCAGCAGCAGCCGCAGGUGCAGGUGCAUGAUCGGUUUGUGAAGGGGAUGAUGAAUAUCAGUUUAUUUCAGAUGGGGCUGGAAAAUUGGGGGGUUGCGAGGGAGGUUAUGGGGGCUGGGUUGAGGCUGCAGGGGUGGUUGGUCGGGCAGUCGGAGGAGGGGGAGUCCGCCAGUAGUAGUGAAAGUGGUAGUAACCCCUUCUUGGAAGCCCAAGCAGCGGUUGGUAUUGAGCCUGACUGCGGUGGUGGCGGGAGGAGGAGUAGUGCUGACGAUGCGCUGUGGAGGGGAGGACGUGGGACAGGAACAGGUAGUGAUGGUGGUGCUACUGGGCGGGCGAUGAGCGCGGGGUACGGCGGAGAGGAUGCGGUUCAAGGGAGGAGUACUAGUAGUAUUACUAGUAACGCAGGUGUGGAGGUUGAUAGGAGAGCCCAGGACAGCAGGAAGGUGUGGUAUGGACAAGUAAACCUGGGUUGCUGA